AUGACGAAAACAAGUAUGCUGGUCCGUUCUCUGGAUAGGGAGAGCGCUGCCGAGUUUGUUUCUGAAUCAUACUUCAAGAUAAUCUUUGCUACUGCUAUAUUAGUGUGCAUUGUAACCCGCGCAUAUUCCGGGAUUCGGUCCCAUUUCAGAUCCACCAAUGCUGGCGAAGCAAGGAGACCUGGAAUCCUUCCAUACUGGCUCCCGUACUUUGGACAUGCCCUUUCCUUCGGGUUCCGUCGUCGUAACCUACUUGAACAUGCUCGAGACAACACCCCGGAGCCUGUUUUCAGUCUCUACAUCUGCGGCAGGAGACAUAAUAUAGUCGCCUCCCCAUCAUUGGCAAAAGCUCUUUUGGCAGAGCAAAAAUCGUCAAUAUCACCGGACGCAUUCAUCAACUAUGUUAUGGAGCGCGUUUUUGGAGCGCAGGAGAAUACGAGAAAUCUCACCAGGGAAGACUUUGACGCUCAGUGCAGGUUAAUGGAAUUUCAAAUGAGAGAACCCUUCGCAUCCGACUGUUCAUCUAUUGCUCUCAGGCAGAUUGAACAGAACAUUCCAAACAUGUUGUCGUUCUGCUCAAGCAUAGUCGAUCAGUCCUUGUGGGAGAGGAUGAGCGCCGUUUCCCUAGUUAGUGAUGGCAGUGGUCAAGCUUGCGAGGUAAACCUUUAUACACUGGUCCGCAACUUUGCCGCAGUAACUGUCAUGUCAGCAAUCAUGGGUGAAGACUUUAUGGAAGCACUUCCAAAUACCCCAGAUGAUAUUCGCACAUUUAAUAAUAAUUUCAAUGCCAUUGUCCUGGGCAUUCAGCGGUGGGUUCCUUUCCCAGGACUUCCCACCUCAUAUCGGUCGCGACGAAGGCUUUUGCAGGGCAUGGAGGCCUUUCAUUCCGCUUUCGAAGUUGCGGAAAAUGGCCACGACCCCGGAUUCGACUGGCGUCAAAUCGAUGAAGCCUCCGAGUUCAUUCAAAGCCACUGUCGAACUUGGAAAAACGCUGGACUAGCCGCUACGUCAAUGGCCUCUGAAAGUCUAGCACUCUUGUGGGCUAUGGACACGAAAUUGAACACAAUCAUAUGCUGGAAUCUCAUUCACAUUUUGGCGGAUGGUCCAACCCACUCUCAGGUCAUGAAGGAAAUUGCUCCGUACUCUCGAGCAGGCAGGCCAGACUCGGGAGAGGCAGGAUUCCAACUACCAGAACCACCACGACUAUCGCUGGACGCCGAUCGUCUUGUUGAUUCUUGCCCUUUGCUCAAAGCGACAUACUACGAGACUCUUCGCCUGCACUCUUGUCCAGUCACCUACCAGAAGAUCACCGAAGAUUUCAAACUCACCGAAUCUGCGGCUGAUGCAAAAAUCGCGAACCGAAAACAGCAAACCUAUGAAUUUAGAAAGGGGGAAUAUAUCGCAAUACCCCAUGCUCUUCACAAUACCGAUUCACACUACUUCGGAGACCCGGAAGAAUUCGACCCGGAAAGGUUCUUAAUGGAAAAGGAUGUGGAUAGCAACAAGCCAUCUGGCAAGGGUGCGACGUCUGAAAAGCGAGAGUCGUCCGUCUCCCAGCCGGAGCUUAAAAUACCAGAGAUAUGGACUGUGGAGAGCGGCGGUGGAGAUACCGUGAGCCAAGAUGGAAAAUUUGCUGAAAGGGUGACGUUGGGAUUCGUCGCUGGUUUAUUGGCAAUGUGGGAUAUUCAGCCGGUCAAGGGUAUGGGCUGGAAGAUACCGAAACAGAGCACUGGCGGGCUUGUUUAUGAACCAAAGACAGAUAUCAGGGUCAGGAUAAAGUCGAAGGUAUAA